CGUUAAUGGUAAUGAUUUUUGUCUAGUGGUACGUAAAAAUUACCAAUGGUAUCGUACAAGUAAGUACUGGUACGCUAGCACUAGUCACUGGUAUGAUACCACUACUCAUUGGUACGUACCAGUAGCGCCUACCAGAUGGUAGUGGUACCAAACGAUAGUGGUACGCUACCACUAAGAUCUGGGCACAACCAUAUGGUAGUACCACUGGCAGCUACUAGAUGCUAGUGGUACGCUACCAGAUGAAAACCAAUACCACUAGUCUAAAAUAAAAUAAAAACAAUAUCUGAAAAAGAUGAGGAAAGGGGGAGUUUGUGACAUCGCGCAGGGACCUCGUGGCAGUGGUGGUGGGAGGCAGAGGCGGCGUCUCCACCGUCGGAGGGAUGGCGACGAGGCGGUGGGAGGGUUGCGGCUGCGACGAGAAGGUUGGAGCAGUGGUAGGAGGCGGAGGGCGCAACGAGACGGCAGAAGGACUCCGGCGGUGUUGGCGGCAGAGAGAGAGAGAGAGAGAGAGAUAGGGAAGACAUGGGAGGAAGAAGAAGAAGAAGAAGAAGAAGAAGAAGAAGAAGAAGAAGAAUAAGAAGAGAGAAUUGUUGGUGAUGGCGGUAGAGAGAAAGAGAGAAUGGAAAUAGAGUUAAUGUAGGGAGCUGGUACGAAAAAUUAAGUCAAUUUUUGUUAGACAAAGGAUUCCAUAGAGGAGCAGUUGACAAAACAUUAUUCAUUAAAAAUGAAAACUCUCACACCUUGAUAGUUCAGGUUUAUGUGGAUGAUAUAAUCUUUGGUUCCACUAACUCUGCACUGUGUAAAGAGUUUGAAAAUGAUAUGAAGAGUGCUUUUGAAAUGAGUCUCAUGGGUGAACUGAACUACUUCCUAGGACUGCAAGUUAAACAAACUAAGCAAGGAACCUUCAUAAGUCAGACCAAAUAUCUUCUCAACAUCCUCAAAAAGUUCAAACUUCAAAAUCUUAAAACUGCCUUAACACAAAUGGGUUCAACAGUAAAAUUAACAACAGAUGAAACUGGGAUCCUUGUUGAUGAAAGAAUGUAUCGUGGGAUGAUAGGGUCUUUGUUAUAUUUGACUGCUAGUCGACCAGAUAUAAUGUACAGUGUCUGUGUCUGUGCUUCAAGGGUGUCCUAAAAUGAGUCAUCUCUCUGCAGUGAAGAUGAUUUUUUGAUAUCUAAGUGGUACCUCUAACUUAGGUUUAUGGUAUUCAUGUGAUUCCAGUUUGGAACUCGUGAGUUACACUGAUUCAGACUAUGUUGGAUGUACUAUUGACUCUCUCCUACUGUCACUCUAGAAAAUGGCCAAGUGUAACCACUUCCUAAAGCGUAGUAUAGCGGGUUUGGGUUUUAAUGUCAACCCGGGUCCUAGAUGUGAUGACUACUCCGUGAGUUCUUAUUAUUUAGCAGUGAACUUUUAAUGAAGGUCCAAACAAGCAAACAAACAAAACAAGUAAAAAGGUUGUUUUCAAGUCGAGAGAGGUCACCCGGAUAUGGUUCCCCCUAGACUGCAGUUAAGCCGGAUUGUAAUUCACCAAGUUCAAGUUCAAAGAUAGUUAUACUGCGGGAGGUUCUCAAACAAUCUGAAGUCUCGACUAAAGGUCUCCAGACCCUCUCAAUCUGAGUCUCCAGCGGGCGACUAACCUCUACCGGAGUAAACAGAUUGAGGCCCUAAUGAACCAAACCUCCACUACCGAAGUAAAUUCGGUACAGAAUAGUGAAUUGACUUCUCAACUAAAGUCGCCAAUUCACUACCUUCAAUCAAGGGUGCUCUAUCAACCUAGGCAGAUAUUCUCUUUCUAGGUUAAAGCAGAAACAAUAGGAAUUUGAUCAGGAUUCAUGCCAUUCAACAAAUCAAACCUCAAUUGAACAUAAUCUUUUCAAUGAAUCUAUACUUGGGUUCAUACAAUCAGACCUAACUUAAAAAUCUAGGGUUCUUCAUACCCAUGUGAAUAAGAAAACUACUCCAUAGAGAGAGAUGGGAAAUCUAGCUCAGAUGCGGAAACCAUACUGUGAAGGAUGAUAAUCUGCUUCUGGCACUCAAUCAGGUCUUCUCCAAGCUCAAGUCGGGCUCCAAUGGUGAUGGAGAUCGAUCUAUGACACUUGCAGAGUCAGGUUCGUCACUUUCUCUCUCUAGGUAUUGCUCUGUCUCUCUAAAACUCGGAAUCCCUUCUCCUUUCGCUCAAAUCUGCCAAAAAAGGUCGAUUCUGGGAAAAACACGGUCAAGGGCACGACCGUAUGUUUCUUUUGCCCGCCCGUGCCCUUGCCACGUGUUAAAAACACGCCCACAUCUGGGGAAAACACGGUCGUGCCUAUAGAUGGACACGGCCGUGUUUUCUGUCACUCCCGCCCGUGUUUUGGGACAUCGCAGGAACACCUUGGAUCAAGCCUCGGCAUAAAUAACACGGUCCAGGAACACGGCCGUGUUUUGGUUUAGUUCAGCCCGUGCUUUUCCUUCUCAUCAGUUCAGCUCUCGGCAAUAAAAACACUGGCGUGCU